GCCAGUUUCUUUAAGUAUUAAAUAUCUCCUUUGAAAUUUGAACUAGACUAUCCCGUGCUCGUGCUCUGUGGUAGUGUUGUAGUUGUUUUACUGCAAGGUUAGAGUUAAAAUACAGUUUUAUUAACUUAAUCUCAACAAAGCAACUUGGAAUAUUUCAACAAACUUUAAAACAACCUAUAGGCCUACAUCAUUUUCAGUAGGCCUAUUUAAACUCUUCUUCAGGUUACUUGACGACAUGGUUUUGUUCCUCCGUGUGAUUUAGGGCUGAUGUUGUGUGGGGAGCUGGUCCGAUCCCCGCUCAGUCUCCACUCGACGCCGCGCAGCCCCUACGUCGCUCUUCUGGCCUUGUGUCAGGGGAUGGCAGCCAUCACAGCACCUCAGGAUGAUCAGGAUAUCUUCCUUGAGAACGGCCUGCUGAGCUACGAGAACCCCAACUAUCACCUGGACCCGUCCAGGCUGGAUGACGCUCUCAACUCCAACACCGAGGAGGACCCUCUGUACAGCGAGCUGCUGCUGCGAGAACUGGGCCGACACAGCAACACAACACAGCACAACACGACACAGCGACGACAGUACGCCAGCCUCGACAUCGGCAGCAUGGGGGUGGACGUCACUACGGGACCUGUCACAGCACUGGACACGGACAACAGACAUCUCAGGGGCAGUGCCGCAGUUUUGGACAACACUCUCAACUUGAACCUCAACCGAGGCGGACUCCGAGGCAACCUCGACCUCACCACAUCCACCACUCUACACCUCAACAAGCCAGACCUCAUAGAGGCGACCGAGCACAACAAUGCAUUUGAAAAGACCAAAGAGAUCAACAGAUCAAUACCACACAUUCCCGGACAACUCAACAACGACUUGUAUGCAGUUCCAGUCAAGCGUAGAUCUCCACCUGGGACACCGGAAAAGGUGGCUUCUGCUCCUCCGUCACCUGAUGUCCCAAACCACGACCUACCAGCUGGCUGGGAGAGACAUGAAGAUAAUGAUGGUCCCUAUUACUGGCACAUCAAGAGUGGUACGAUACAGCGAGACCCUCCAGAGUCUGACAGCACCGGCAAGAAUGAACCUCGUACACCACUUGUCAAAGACGCGGAAUCGGUGUUGAGUGCCUACCAGCAGACAGGAGUGGUGAGUCUGGUGACUCGAAGCAACACCAGCUAUGCCCUGGAGGACCUGGACACCCGCAAGAAGGAGGACCUGGCAUUCAAACGGAGGAGUUAUCCAGCGCGACCAGAGCCUGACAGCAAGGACAAGGUGAUCAGGUUUGCCGUGCGGUCGCUAGGCUGGGUAGAGAUAGCUGAGGAGGACCUCACACCAGAGCGCAGCAGCAAGGCAGUCAACAAGUGUAUUGUGGACCUGUCACUGGGCCGCAACGACCUCAUAGACAACGUUGGCCGCUGGGGCGAUGGCAAGGAUCUGUUCAUGGAUCUGGAUGAAGGAGCUCUGAAGCUGAUAGACCCUGAGAACCUGACAACACUCAACACACAACCAAUACACACCAUCCGGGUGUGGGGAGUGGGCCGGGACAACGGCAGGGACUUUGCGUACGUGGCACGCGACCGCACAACACGCAAACACAUGUGUCACGUGUUCAGAUGUGACAUUCCUGCUCGGACUAUCGCAAACACUCUGCGAGACAUCUGCAAGAAGAUCAUGAUAGAGAGGAGUCUACAACAGAACCUGGCAAAGCCUAUUGAUAUUAAUGGCGGUGGGUUAGGUAGCCGAGCUGGCUUGGCCACCAGACCUACAAACCUUCCUGUGGAGCACCGGAGGUUCCAUCGUAACGGCCAGACUCUAGUCACCCAGUCAUUCCCCACACCCAUGGAGGAGCCCAAGAAGGUGUUGAGGGCAGACUACCUGGGCAGUCUGCAGGUGGCUCGGGCAUCUGGCAUGGACGUUCUCAACGACGCCAUUGAACAGCUGGUCAACACAGUACCCGUGGACCAGUGGCGACCCGUCAGUGUCAGUGUCGCCCCUUCCAUGAUCACCAUCAAUGAUGAUGAGUGCAAGCCGGUGGCAGAGUGCAGAGUGCGCUACUUGUCGUUCCUAGGCAUCGGCCAAAAUGUGAAGCAGUGCGCCUUCAUCAUGCACACAGCGCAGGACUUGUUCAUCGCCCAUGUGUUCCACUGUGAGCCCAGCUCUGGGGCUCUGUGUAAGACCAUUGAAGCCGCUUGCAAGCUGAGGUACCAGAAGUGCCUGGACGCACACCCCGGCCGUGCCACCGCAGGAGCAGGUGCUCAGGGCAAGGGUCUCGGCGCAACCAUCAAGUCUCUGGUCUCGGGACUGACAGGACGACGAUCACGGACCUCAGAAUCCUGAGAAGAAGCUCUAUCACUGCAGGAUCUGUGGUCUUUAGCAGCAGAGGAGAGGGAAGUGAUCCCACACAGACACCUGCAGUCUCCACUGACGUCUCGCUACUUCAGUGGUGGUGGAGGGGGCAGUGAUGACCUACAGCUGCAGUCUCUAUUGUCUCCGUCGCUAGACUCUCGCAGACUGCAGCAGCUGGCCAGCAUGCCUUGGGAGUACUGAGCAACUUACAAUGAUCAUGAUCAUUCACUGACUGUACUCUACACAUCAGAGUCUAUGUAUUUAUUUUAAUGAAAUCGUUGUUUAAAGUAAAAAAUAUGUUUUCCAUUUUUACAAUAAGAAUAAAUAUUUUUUUAUCACUUAAAAACAUGUCAAUGUAGGUUUCCACACUGUAUGAUCAUUGUAUUUUGGUGUUAACUAUAUUUUUUAUAAUAGGAACUCAUAAACUGUUUGGACCUAAUAAAACAAUCCAUCAGCACACUUAACGUUACACUAAGCAAAGUAAAAUUAAUGUAAAAACAGUCUUUAUAGAAGGAAAAACGGAUUUUACAAUAGGAUGGGAAGUCUUUUUGCAGUUUCCAAAGUUGAAGGUAUCAUCUAUGUUAUUAUUUUUGUUACAAAAAAUUACAAAUAAAAAUUUUAAUAUUCUGAGUUGAUGAAGUUUAAAAUGGACAUUAGUAGGUCUACAAUUAAUUAACAAUGAUUUGAGACAAAAUGUGUAGAGUGCAACAUGUAUUCAGUGAAUGUUCAUUCAAGUAAGCCAUGGCUACUUAUUGCCAAUGAUCAGUUCUUUUUUACUAAGCAUUUAACUCCAAUGAUAGCGUUAUUCCCGAUAAGGAGCGGAAAAAUGAUGAUAUUCCUAUAAUACUAAUGUACGAAAGGAUUUACAUUUGUAACCUUCAAAAUGAAAAGAAUUCGGAACUCGAAUGUAAACAAGAGAUUGUACAUAGAAAGAGAACAUGUUUAUCAACAGCUUGAGUGUACUUUGCUACUGUAUUUGUAUUUUGUAAAGAGAAAUAUUGUCAAGCUAUGUUAGAUAUCAAAGUUUCAAAGUAGAGUUAAGUGCACAGCUUGUGACUCACUCCGAUAAAAUAGGUGUUAUGUUUUUGAUAUAAAUCUAAUAAACGCCGUCAAUGUGUUAUGCAACUGGUGUGUAGAUAUAUCUAGCUACAGCUUUGUCGCAGUUAAAGAAUGUGUGAAUUUGAGGAUAAAAUGUAUAUAAUUGAAAAUCGGUCUUACACUUUAUUUGUAGGAAUGAUUUCAACAGCAAUUGUAAAAAUAUCACUUUAAUUUUUCUACAGUAGUCUCUUGGUCUAGUCCAAGAGUGGUGUUUGUUCAGAUCAAUAAUGAUUAUCAACUUACACAGUUUACCACAUGAGUCUGAAUGAGCCAGAUUCAACAGUAUUCAUAAUUUGUUGAAACUAAAUAAAUUGGUGAGUUUUUUAUCCUAUUUACAAAUCAACCACAGUUGAUGGUCAUUAAGGAAAAUGACUAUUCUCUUACAGUAUCAACAAAUCUAUAUUCGUACAAAUUCUUCCACAGUUGUAAUUACCAGGUAACAAAUUAGUUUUGCGACAGUCACUCGAUUGAGAGUUAAAUUAUGUGAAAAGAAAUAAGAAUGAAAGUUAAGUGUUGUCAAACGCAUAUCCGAUUGUACAUAAGCCUGUGUAUAGCUGGCCCCUCAUCCUUCCUUGCACAAACAUAGAGAUGAUGUUAUAGUUUAGGCUACUCGACAGUUAUGUACCACUUUCCUUUGUCUUGUUAUAUGUCAGUGAUUUAGAUGUAGGGAACAUGCUGGUGUUGUACAUAUUCAUCUGCUGUAUCAAUAUUCAGUUUAUUGUUUCAUCUAUACAACCAAAGAGCUAAUUUUGAGGAAUUCAUAGGAAAAUAUCUAGGUUUAUUGUUUAUUUUCAGUACUGUUUUAUAUUUUUGUGGAAUAUACUAUGUCCAGUUCUUGAUGGUUACUCAGCUAAAUUUUAUAAAUACUAUUCUAUUGAUAAUCCAACACUUAUGGGACUGAGAGGUUUUUAGAUUACUAGAAACAUUUGAUUACUGAAAAUAAUACUUAUCUAAAAUACUAUAUAAGACGAGUAAACCUAUGAAGCCUUUAUAUCUACUCUUUAACUACUGCUGGCUGUUCAAAUCAAUCAGUUUAGGAAUUGUUUUUCAACAAAUAUAUUGAAAAAACUAUUUAAUUUUGAUAAUUAAACUUCACAUAUAGCUGUAUCUUGCUAUCCUGAAUAUCUUUAAGUACAACCAAAUCGACUAGGUCUAUAUAAAGUCUAGAUGCUAAGUCUGGUACCUACUGUACUACAAAUCUAAAUUGUUCAUCAAGGCCUGUCCAUGACUAAUUUCAUAUCCUCCUCUAAUACAAAGCCGUGCCGAGACAUCGGCAACACCAUUGUCCUGACAAACCACAACAGCUGUUGCACUAAUUUAUAAUGGACAGUAUGGGAAAUGUUUAUGUUUACACUUUUGUUAUUUCUGUUAUUACCAUGGCAACAGGCAUGAUGUUGCCUCACACCAUCCUAGUGGAGGCUAUACCAAUUUUGUUAGAGUACAAAAUUACACGAGUUUACAAAUCCUGUUGAAUGGUUUUUACAAGAAGUUUUUUAAAAGCUCACUUCUGGAAAACAAAUGUUUGACUCUUGUAAUAUUCACUUGUUCAUAUUAACUUACUGAAUCUGGAAUAUUUUAGUAAACUUGUUUUACUAAAAACUGUUAAAGCUGCAAUUGUAUUUUGACUCAAGGCAAGUGAGACACUGUAUGUUGGUUAAUUAAGCCUUUAUGAUCGUAUGUUCCCUUUUUGUUACCAGUUCAAACAACUAAUUGAAAUACUCGUUACAUUCAUCUUUGUAUAUAAUUUGUAUUUUAACUACCUAGUACCAUAAGGGUAUUUAUUAAGUAGCAAUAUUUAUUUUCUAGUUUAAACUAAGAUUUUCCUGAAACUCACAGGUUUUAUUUCAAGUAAACUAUCAAAACUAUUCUCAACCAUUCCAUCAUAACGCUCCAGUCUGGCAUAUCUUUUGCAAUAAUAAUUGUUUUCUAUGUUUUCAUGUUUGUAGAUAAACUGUUGUACUGUUUGAAAUUAAUUGUCUAGUUCAUAAUAAUUUGUUCAAGAUGCCAUCUUAUUAUUGUAUUUUUUUAUGUAUAAUUUUUAGUAGGCAAAAAUUCAAACUAGUGAUAGACGAUAUGAUUAUAUGUUAAAUAUGUUUAAAAUAUUAUUUUUUGCUUAUAAUACUGUCAUGCAUGACGUAAAUAUUUUAAUAAAUUAUUUAACCGAGUUUAUAAAAUUUUAAAAGAGCUGUUGUAUUAUACACUUUGAGCUGUAAUCCGAAACCUGCUGUUUACGUUAUGUUAUGGAUGUAAGAUAUCUGUAAGAUAAAUUUUGCAAUGUUACUAUUUUUCUAAUCAGGCUUGCACGAGCUUGCUUCCUCAAGCCAAUGUUUAGAUCACCGUCACUGCUGAAUAAAUAGAAAAAUGU